CCUAAUUCGUGGCAACCGCACUCUAUGCUAGAGACCUUGUGCUGAAGGCGGAACAGAACGACGCAGCUAGCUCCUCCAUGUGCCAGCUGUCCUCAGGGGAACUACAACACGCCACCUGAACUGUUUCAUAUAUUUUUAAUCCCCGCCAUAUUGUGGACCACGCCGUAUUGAAGGGAAGCCGGACAUGGCGACAUCCAGCCAGUGUAUUGUGAUCACUGAUGAGGAGCAGGGCUAUGAUCUGGACCUGUUUUGCAUUCCAAAGCAUUAUGCAUGUGACUUAGAGAGAGUUUACAUCCCACAUGGACUCAUUUUGGACAGGACAGAAAGACUUGCCAAGGAGAUUAUGAAGGAAAUGGGAGGGCAUCACAUUGUUGCCCUCUGCGUGCUGAAAGGUGGCUACAAGUUUUUUGCGGACCUGCUCGACUACAUUAAAGCCCUGAACAGGAACAGCGACCGCUCCAUCCCCAUGACGGUGGACUUCAUUCGCCUCAAGAGCUACUGUAAUGACCAGUCGACAGGAGAAAUCAAAGUCAUUGGAGGAGAUGACUUGUCUACUCUGACAGGCAAGAAUGUCCUAAUUGUGGAGGAUAUUAUUGAUACAGGGAAGACGAUGAAGACAUUAUUGCAACUUCUUAAGCAGUACGAGCCCAAAAUGGUUAAAGUUGCAAGUUUGUUGGUGAAGAGGACGCCAAGAAGUGUUGGCUACCGGCCAGACUUUGCGGGGUUUGAGAUCCCUGACAAGUUUGUGGUGGGAUAUGCCCUAGACUACAACGAGUACUUCAGAGAUCUAAAUCAUGUCUGCGUCAUUAGUGAAUCCGGGAAGGAGAAGUACAAAGCAUGAAGAGCACUUUAUAGUACACGCUGAUGUGCAUUUUCUUUGUAAGAGCCCCGUUUUAAAUUUGAGGGCUGCCUGCUUUAAUUAAGCUUCUAUAAGGGAUAUACAGGAUGGUGCACAGAUAUGCUUAAAAUCCAUUACCUGUGUGCACAAUUAUUCGGCAAGUGGAUACCAGUAGUUGGCCUUAAAAUAGUCAAGGCCUUUGGUUUUAAAACUUCAAAAUGUCAAUAUUUAUUUAUUGUCCAAUUUAGCAAGAAUAAUAAUUUCACUCUUAUUAAAGACAUAAAACAUAGACUAAAAAGUCAUUGUUCAUGAUAAAUAUUUUUGCAAAAAAAUUAUUUUGGCAACAAACUGGCAUGCGCCAUCUAACCCAUUUGUGAUGUUUAUGAGAGGGACAAGCAGUAGAAGAUGGAUGUGUAGAUCAGUGCUUCUCAGAUAUUUUCUGUUACACGCCCUCUCGGAAGAAGAAAAUAUUUCGUGUCCCCCACUCUCAAUCAUGACUAUAGGUAGUAUAAUUUGUCUAUAAAAUUGUUAGAUAUAACAUUGUAAGCUGAUUAACAUUAAAGAAAACAAUACAGGAAUACUUCGAAGACCUCCUGUACACCACCAACACGUCUUCCUAUGAGGAAGCAGUGCCUGGGGAAUCCGUUGUGGGCUCUCCUAUUUCUGGGGCUGAGGUUGCCGAGGUAGUCAAAACGCUCCUCGGUGGCAGCACCCCGGGGGUGGAUGAGAUCCGCCCGGAGUUCCGUGGACAUCGGGGGCGGUACCUCUGGAUUGGCAGACCGGGGUGGUGGUUCCUCUCUUUAAGAAGGAGAACCGGAGGGUGUGUUCCAAUUAUCGUGGGAUCACACUCCCCAGCCUUCCCGGUAAGGUCUAUUCAGGUGUACUGGAGACCUCGGAUUCAGGAGGAACAGUGUGGUUUUCGUCCUGGUCGUGGAACUGUGGACCAGCUCUAUACUCUCGCCAGGGUUCUUGAGGGUGCAUGGGAGUUUGCCCAACCAGUCUACAUGUGUUUUGUGGACUUGGAGAAGGCAUUGGACCGUGUCCCCCGGGAAGUCCUGUGGGGAGUGCUCAGGGAGUAUGGGGUAUCGGACUGUCUGAUUGUGGCGGUCCGCUCCCUGUAUGAUCAGUGUCAGAGCUUACCAUUGCCGGUAGUAAGUCAGACCCGUUUCCAGUGAGGGUUGGACUUCGCCAAAGCUGCCCUUUGUCACCGAUUCUGUUCAUAACUUUUAUGGACAUAAUUUCUAGGCGCAGUCAGGGCGUUGAGGGGAUUCGGUUUGGUGGCUCCAGGAUUAGGUCUCUGCUUUUUGCAGAUGAUGUGGUCCUGAUUGCUUCAUCUGGCAUGGAUCUUCAGCUCUCACUGGAUUGGUUCGCAGCCAAGUGUGACAGUCUUGUUCACGAGUGAGGGACGAGUGGAUCGUAAGAUCGUCAGGCAGAUCGGUGUGGCGUCUUCAGUAAUGCGGACGCUGUAUCGAUCCAUUGUGGUGAAGAAGGAGCUGAGCCGGAAGGCUCUCAAUUUACCGGUCGAUCUACAUUCCCAUCCUCACCUAUGGUCAUGAACUUUGGGUUAUGACCGAAAGGACAAGAUAAAGGAUACAUGCGGCCGAAAUGAAUUUCCUCCACCGGGUGGCGGGGCUCUUACUUAGAGAUAGGGUGAGCAGCUCUGUCAUCCGGGAGGAGCUUAAAGUAAAGCUGCUGCUCCACAUGGAGAGGAGCCAGAAGUCUGGGCUUCCCUGCUUAGGCUGCUACCCCCGCGACCCAACCUCAGAUAAGCGGAAGAAGAUGGAUGGAAAACAACACACCAGUCUUUCCUCAUCUCCCACCAUGGUUCCAGUGAAGCUAAGUGCCACAUACGCUUCAAAAAAAGCAUGUUUCCCCCUGGCAUCGCACCGUGCCCCCCCAGAGGGUCCACCCCACUAUUUGAGAAAGCCUGGUGUAAAUGGAUGAGGGAUUGCGCAAUCAGGGUAGGCUCGGCUCAAGGCUGCCUCAUUGCAGGUUUCAUAUGAAAGAGUGUGCAUCAUCAAGCAUUCAUUUCUGGGAUUGGCAAAUGCAACUUUCUCAACUACAAAAUGUUGCCCUUUGUGACUUGCUUGCACGAGAAUAACUUUUCCAAUGUGUUAUUCAGUGAAAACAAACAAGCGGUUAUUACUGCUUCGGUAAAGGUUUUUUUUUUUUUU